CCGCCGUUGACCACAAAGCUGGAGGACACGGGGGAGUAGCACCUGCACCUCACGUCGACGCCGUCAGUUGUUCAUUCUGCACUUCGUAUCUAUUCAAGUGGAUGAUGAAAAAUGUAUGAGGGAUAGAGAGGAAUGAGUUUUCUGUAACCUCCAGAGGGACAGUGGAACGCCGGAGGGGGUCCAGGGGGUGGUGCUAAUCAGUGGCACCAGCCCUUCCAACCUCCGGAAGGAAAUUUUGUUGAAGGUGCUAGAGGAUCAAACUAUUGUCCGCGUGGAACGGGUGGACUACGCACCUUUGGACGAAACAAUCUGAUGCCGAAGUGGAAGGAGGUUACACCUAGGCAAAUGAGGGGGCUGCAGAUAAUAAACCUAACUCUGCUGAGAUCAUUGCACCUAAGUCGGCAGAGGAUAUAGAUGCGGCGCGUGCCAAUAAAGCAGCUCGAAAGAAGGAAAAACUGGCAUGGUACAGAUGCAGAGUUCCUGGACACUUCGUAGUAGAUUGUACCACUGAGAUAUGUGAUAUCUGCUAAAAACCAGGGCAUGAUGAUGCUACAUGUCCAUUACUUUUAGUUCCUAAGCCGGUGAUUAAUAUUUAUGGUGUAUGUCAAAGCAAGCUUAUGUUUUUUGAGACACCAACAUCGUCAUCAGUCCUAGUUCCGCCUCGCCUUCAGAGUUCCAGAACGGGACUAGUAAAGGUCACAAACGGAACACUGACUGCAGAACAAGUUUCUCAACAGCUGAAAAGGCUUGUGUCUGAGACAUACCAGUGGGCACCAGAUAAGGUAGAUGACAAAAGUUUUCAAGAAGAGUUCCCAAGAAGAGAGGAUCUUCAACGGUUGCUUGCAUUUGGGGUCAGCAAAGUGAGUGAUAGCAAAUGCUUACUUGAGUUUGAGGAGUGUAAAAAACCGGAACCACAGGGUACACGAUUAAAGAAGGUUUGGAUUAGAUUUUCAGGAAUACGAGAGAUUCUUCUUAAUGACUUCCUUAUUGUAUGGAGUCUAGGGUCUUUGAUUGGUAAGACAGAUAAGGUGGAUAUGCCUUUUACUCAAAAACGGGGUAUAGCGAGGGUGCGUGUGUUGGUCCUUGAUGUUGAGUUCAUACCGGAUUACGCACCAUGGUCUUACGAUGGAAUUCACUAUGACCUUGAUGUAGAGGUGGAGGUGGAGGCCCAAAAGCAAUCACUUGACGGUGAUAUUCAUAUGACAGAUGGUGAUGAUCGAGAUAAGGACCGGGGAGAUGCCGAGGAGGAUCAGUCCGACAAGUCUAACCACAAUUCAAAACCACAAUCAUCCUCUGCCAAGGAUAAUUCACUUAACACUGCAGGGACUCCCUCCUCUUCAUUGUCACCUAUGGUUACUUUACGGCUUGGAUCUUUUGAGAUGCCUACACCAACUACACUAUGGACGGAAGCAAGCGUGGAGGAGGAAGUAAUACCAGGUAUCGAGAAAGAGAUACCACGUGAAGGAAACAAUACCUCUCCGCUGAUGCGUUUGUCACAUUUGGAGGUGCUGACCACGCUAAUCAGUUCAAUCAAACUUCAUAGGGAGGAUGAGCAACUGAGCCUGAAACAUACAUGUGACAGCCCGAUGCUGCUGUGCCCGGAGAUCUCCUUCCUCGAGCUCCUCCUGCCCGAGGUGGCCAGCGCGCGCGGCAAGCCGGAGCCCUCGCCGGCGAGGCAACUACAUUCCCUGCCGCCCCGCUGCCUGGAUCCCGCGCCAGCACCGAGCCCCGCCGCCGCCGGUGCUCGUCCCCUGCCGCCCCGCCGUCGGAUCCCGAGGCUUCCUCCUCUCCUGGGCUUCGGCCCACCAAGGUGA